UCCUCUCAACCUCUCACGGCCGUCUAACCUCAUUGUCUAAUUUUCAGCUCUCGCACGCACAUCUUUGAGCAUUGCAGAAUUGUACAAUUCAAUGGAGAUAUAUGAAGAUCAAGAGUCAUCGGCAUCGUCUUCCUGCAGCGACGUCGUAGUCCUUGCUUCACUGACCAAUUCCACGAUGGUGACGACGCACAAGAGGAAGGCAGGGAGGAAGAAGUUCAAGGAGACGAGGCACCCAAUCUUCAGAGGAGUGAGGGAAAGGAACAAAGGGAAGUGGGUUUGCGAAGUGAGGGAGCCCAACAAGAAGUCCCGCAUAUGGUUGGGUACUUACCCUUCCCCCGACAUGGCCGCCAGGGCCUACGACGUCGCAGCCAUCGCCCUCCGGGGGAAGUCCGCUACUCUCAACUUCCUCGAUUCCACAUGGCUUCUCCCGCGAGCCAAGUCAGCAACCCCUAAGGACAUACAACUGGCGGCUCUCCAGGCUGCCGAGUCAUUCCGUCCUGCCUCCACCACCACCACCAUCUGCUCUCCUUCAUCCUCGUCUUCGUCCUUGUCGUUUACAAACCCAGUUGAUACUGCUGACGAGUUGCCACAUGUGGAAGAGCAAGAGAAGCAGGGUGAAAAUGUAAAAACGUCAGCCACAACGACACCACCAACAACGUCGACGUUCAUUGACGAGGAGGCGUUGUUUAAUAUGCCAGGAUUACUGGAAAGCAUGGCUGAAGGGAUGCUGCUAACACCGCCAUCCAUGAAGCAGAGAUUCAACUGGGAUGACAUGGAUCGCCACAUAGACUCCUCCUUGUGGACCGACUGAUGGCUAAAUAAACGCCAAAACUCUCACUGCACGGGCACGUCUAGAGAAUGUUUUUUUUUUUUCCUUCUGGACCCUCUUGUACACGCCCAGUGGUGACCGGUGACAGUAAAGGAUGGAUGCAACCAGCAUUUAAACACUAAUGACUAAGGCUGCUUUUUUGUGAAAACUAAAAAUUUCAGUCUC